UCCACCUUCCAAAAAUCCCUAAAAUCGACCUUCCCAACUCCCAAACUCCAUCCACUCCCGUCCAAAAUCGCAAACAAAUCUUACAUCACCUCGCCAUUUCUCAACUUCCGAAGGUCCAUCAACUCCGUGUAUCACAUGCAAAAUACCAAACAAAUCUACCUACGUUAUUUCACAGCAAGAUUUCUCGUAGCAUCGUAACCCGCGAAUUUUUCUACGAUUCACCUUGACCCAAGGGACGAUAUUGUUUAUUGGCUGGACAAUAUGAGCUGGCAGAGUCCACGGAACAGAUAUACGUGCCUCGUAUAACAAUUUUCGUUGGGUAACGCAGUGUCAAUGGUUUGUCCACAAGGCAACGACGUAGACGCGAAACAAUAGGAACAGGUACUUCAUUGAAUUAGGUAUAUCGAGACCCUACGCCAUUGUAUUGCACGUUGGUAUAAAUGGAUUUUGAAAUCAAUGGGUCUUUCAGUCGUUGCGUUGCUUCGAAUCGAAUCAUUGAAAGAGAAUAGGUGAUCGACGACCACCCUUGGAGAGCCAUGAAAAUUGUUCUUCUGGGAUAUUGCCUUCUUUGCCAAAUACACCAAAGUUUGCUGCAAAUUUUCAGCUCUCCACGAUGAGAGUGCACUCGAAGCCCCAGAUAACGCGGCUGUACCCGAUCCAAGAGGCGCCAGAGCCGGAUGACACGAAGCCAUUGGACAAAUUACUGGGAAAAUUGCGAGCCACGUACAACUUCGUGUUUCGAAAGCCAGAGAAUACAAGCAACGUGGAGAAAAUUUUGGCCAAGGAUGCGCCUGACCCCGACGUGCAGGCGUUGAAAUCGAUCUGGCGCGAUCGAAUGCAGAAAUUGAGGAUCGAUGUGAAAUCUGAACCGGAGAGGACAUAUUUGUCUAAUGAUGAUUGGGUGAAUGAUAUUCAGCCGUUGGAUCAUUUGGAGCCGUUGGAUAUAGAAGAGGAGGAGGUUAGAGAUAAAAAUCGAGAUGUGGAGUUUGUCACUCCGAGGAACGGCUUCCAACUUCCGGUGACGCUGAGCCGCCAUCUUGUUGACUGGCUGGGCUCGCUCUUGGGGAUUACUUAUGGCGUUUACUCUAAACUGGCUAGAGCUAUCUAUAGUAAUCACACGGGGACAAGUAAUUAGGUUCUUUUGUUACGACUUGGUUUUUGAUUUGAUCUUGUGUACUUGAUAUUAUAUUUGAAUAAAAGAAUAUUUCUAUGGGACUUGAAAGGAUAAUGUACACUUUCUUUACACUUAUUUUAUUCAAAAAUAUCUUGGUCUGAAAAAUACAUGUGUUACCUCUUCGUUCAUCUUCUUUUCUCUCUCUUUUGGCAUAUUGUAUCAUACAAUAACAAUCGUUCGAGUAACACGUAGUUGCAAAUGCAAUGUAUCCAUUGUUAAAAUAAUUCCUCAUUGUAUCUUAACUAUAAAUGCCCACGCGAAUGGCCAGACGCGUGAACGUGUUCUUACACUAAUCAAUUAACAUUCGUGGAAAGAUCAAUCGCCAUUUUCUUAACCCAAGACGGUAAGACGCGAAUCUGAAGGUUCGUCGAUAUUUUUACCCUCGUGGGUUAAGGGGAUCAGGUGGUUGAAGAGUUUAGAAGGAAGAGACAAAAUACUGCUAUUUUCACGAACAUUCAAAAUCUUUGGUUCUAUGAUAACGCGGUAGAAGCCUUAUGUUGUGCAGGCCUGCUCAGCAAGUUCCAAUGGACAUUUUACUCGAAGCUGUGUAAUUAGAAUGCAAGUAGAAAAUGGAAUGGAAAACUGUUCUAAUGAGUUGUUUACUUAUAGCCAAUAUAUGAUUAAAAAAUUAGAAAACACGGGCAAUGUGACAGGAAUUUAACUAUAGAAGAAAUUACCCAGACUUUCUACUAAUUUAGUAAAUAAAAAAGGAAGUGGAAAAAUUGUCUUAGUGCAGUUGCUGUGCAGACCUGUCUUAGUGCCAUCCGCAAUCUUGUUAUAAUCUCAAUUGUUCAAACACUUCGAUCCUUGUCGAAAUUGUUUAAACAGUCGUGGAAGGUUUCAACGUCUUGCAUCGUUGAUUUACACUAGGUUGUCAAGAAAUUAGCAUUAGCACUACGCUGAUACAAGGAUGGGAUAAAGUUUCAACAAUUUCAUAACAUUAGCCCUGAACCGCUAGAAAUAGCUUAAAAUUUACACUUUCGAUAAUGGAUAAAAGUUAUGCGAGAGAUAAGUUUUUUAAAAUCCUAAUUUUUCGACAACCGAUUUUCAGAUCGUUUUCUUGAGCAACGUUAUCUCCGUUAAAACUAUCGAUAAUAAAUAAACUGGCGGAAGAUUUGACGGUGUCGAAAGCGCCAGUAAAAAGUUUAACCCUUUCAUGCAUGAUGUAACAAAAAGUCUGCAAUAUAAAAUCCGAAAAUUACAUGCGAUUCUUUGGUACGCAGGAACAGAAGACCUAUCACCUGUAAAACCGUCGUUAAAUAAGAUUCCGUUUACGUAAAUUAAUCUAAAAAACAGAAAAUGAGUAAAAAAGUUGUGCAUGAAAAAGUUAAAAAUGAGAAAAGGAAUAUGACGCAUGAUUACGAUAAAUGAACACGGACGAAUCAGAGAUCAAAGACAGUCUAACGCACCCAUCGAGUCUUCUUCAGGUAAAAUUUGUAAUAGCACUUAUAUACACGAAAUUAUCCUACAAAUUUCAUAACAUUUAUCGGCAGUAUGCUAUUAUUUUCUAUUGGUACUCGUUCAGAGAUAUCGUUAUCCUAAUGGCAGAUUGGCUUUUCGUUACCAUUGCUAGUUAA